AUGGACCCGGCACAAGCCCCUGCACCAGGAAACGUAGACAUCGACCAGGAUGUCCUAGACGACAAACACCAACUGCCCCCCAUGCCCUCCCCGCUGCCCACCCCCCACAAAGAUUUCCUCCACUGCAUGCCCCCGGACGCGCCCAUGUACCGCAAAUACAGCGUCUUCACGGCCGGCAGCAUCGAAAUGGGUGCAGCCGUGCAAUGGCAAAAGCAAAUGGCGGCGCAGCUCUCGCAUCUCCCCAUCACCAUCUGCAACCCGCGACGCGGCCACUGGAACCCCAACAUCACGCCUCUGGCGCGCGACGCCGAGUUCCGGGCGCAAGUCGAGUGGGAGCUCAGUGCUCUCGAGCAAGUCGACGUCAUCUGCUUCUUCUUCGACGUCAAGACCAAGAGUCCCGUGUCGCUGCUUGAACUGGGGUUGUGGGCUGCGUCGGACAAGGUGGUCGUGUGCUGCGGCGACGACUUCUGGAAGGGCGGAAACGUAGAAAUUACCUGCAAGCGCUAUGGUAUCCCCUUUGUCAAGAGCUUUGCCGAGCUCGUGCCCGCCGUCGAGAAGAUGCUGGUUGAGAAGGGCAUGCGUGUUGAUGCGCACGGCGACUUAGUGGGCGAGAAUGUGCAUACGGAGAAGGAGAAGCCGAGGAAGAAGAGUGAGUUGGAGAGGGAGAAGCAGGACUUGGAGAUGAAGCUGCAGGACUUGCAGGCCAAGCUGGCGCAGGUCGAGGUGUAA